AUGUGCUGGCUGGCAGAGGCGGGGCCGGCCACGGCUGCUACGGGCUGCAUGCGGGGGCGGCUAGCCGCAGACGGUUGCCCGUGGCGGUGUCUGUGCUGCCUCCCCCGUCUUCCGCUGGGCUCCGCCAUGCUCUCUGGGAACGGCCUGGUGCUGGGCGGGGGCGGUCUGGCCCCCAAGAAGCACCUUCAGAACGGGGCCAUCAAGGGCUACCAGGUGGGCUACCGGGAGUACAGCUCCGGGGGCAACUACCAGUUCAGCGUCAUCAGCAUGGAGUCCACGGGGGACAACGCCGAGAGCCUGGUCCUGGACAACCUCAAGAAGUACACCCAGUACGGGGUGGUGGUGCAGGCCAGCAACAGCGCCGGGACGGGGCCCUCGUCCACCGAGGUGGCCUCCACCACGCUGGAGGACGUUCCCAGCCGCCCCCCAGAGAACGUGCAGGCGGCGGCCUCCUCCCCAGAGGUCAUCUCUCUCUCCUGGCUGACCCCAUCCAAAGAGGCCCUGAACGGGAACCUCAUGGGGUUCAGGGUCAUCUACUGGGCCAACCUGCCCGAUGGAGAGCUGGGCGAGAUCCGCAACGUGACCACGGCCAACCCCACCCUGGAGCUGGACGGGCUGGAGAAGUACACCAACUACAGCAUCCAGGUGCUGGCCUUCACCAGGGCGGGCGACGGCGUGCGCAGCGAGCAGAUCUACACACGCACCAAGGAGGAUGUUCCUGGACCCCCGGCCGGCGUGAAGGCCGCUGCAGCGUCCAACUCGGUGGUCUUCGUGUCCUGGCUGCCCCCCCUGAAGGUCAACGGCAUCAUCAGGAAGUACACCGUCUUCUGCUCCAACCCACAUCCUACGGUGAGCAGUGAGUUCGAGGCCGCGCCCGACAUCUUCUUCUACCGCAUCCCCAACCUGUCCAGGAACCGGCAGUACAGCAUCUGGGUGGUGGCGGUGACGGCCGCGGGCCGCGGGAACGCCAGCGACAUCAUCACCGUCAAGCCAAUGGCAGAGGCGCCGGCCAGGAUCCUGACCUUCAACCGCACGGUGACCACCCCCUGGAUGAGGGACAUCGUGCUGCCCUGCAAGGCCGUGGGAGACCCCGCCCCCACCAUCAAGUGGCUGAAGGACAACAAUGGAACCCCAGCGCCUGUUGUGAUUGACAGCCGACGCAGCGUCCACGGCAACGGCAGCCUGGUCAUACGCACGGUGAAAGCCGAGGAUUCUGGGAACUACACCUGCGUGGCCAGUAACAGCUUUGGGCCGGACAAGAUCAUCCUGAACCUGCAGGUCCAAGUUCCACCUGACCAGCCCCGCCUCACCGUGACCAAGACCACCACCACGUCCAUCACCCUCUCCUGGAUCCCAGGGGACAACGGAGGCAGCUCCAUCAGAGGCUACAUCCUCCAGUACUCGGAGGACAACAGUGAGCAGUGGGGGAACUACGCCAUCAGCCCCAGCGAGCGGGCCUACCGCCUGGAGACCCUCAAGUGCGGCACCUGGUACAAGUUCACCCUCACCGCCCAGAAUGCAGUGGGGCCAGGGCGCAUCAGUGAGAUCAUCGAGGCCAAGACCCACGGGAAAGAGCCCCAGUACUCCAAGGAGCAGGAGCUGUUCACCAGCAUCAACGCCACGCGCGUGCGCCUCAACCUGAACGGCUGGAACAACGGAGGCUGCCCCAUCAGCUCCUUCACGCUGGAGUACCGGGCGGUGGACUCGCCCACCUGGACCACGGCGCAGCGCACCUCGCUCACCAAGAGCUACAUCCUGUACGACCUGCAGGAGGCCACCUGGUACGAGCUGCAGAUGAAGGUGCACAACAGCGCCGGCUACGCCGAGAAGAGGGUCAAGUUCGCCACGCUGAGCUACGACGGCAGCACCAUCGCUCCGCUGGUGAAGGCGCCCAACGUGAGUGCGGGCGUGGCCAGCAGUGGCGACGGGCUGAAGAUGAUGGUGACCAUUUCCUGCGUGCUGGUGGGCAUCGUCUUCAUCUUCAUCGGCCUGCUGGUGCUCCGGCGGCGGAGGAGGGAGCAGAGGCUCAAGAGACUGCGAGAUGCAAAAAGUCUGGCCGAAAUGCUGAUGAGUAAAAACACACGUCCCGCCGAGCCAAUCAACAAGCAGCAGCAGACCCUGCGAAUGCACAUCGACAUCCCCAGAGCCCAGCUCCUCAUCGAGGAGAGGGACACCAUGGAGACCGUUGACGACCGCUCCACGGUGCUGCUCACAGACAACGACUUCGGGGAGACCCAGAAGCAGAAGUCGUCCACCGUCACCCACACGGUCCACUACCAGUCCCUGUCCCAGGCCACAGGGCCGCUGGUGGAUGUGUCUGAUGCCAGACCAGGCACCAACCCCACCGCCCGGCGCACCGCCAAGCCCGGGCCCGCCGCCCGCAACCGCUACGCCAGCCAGUGGACGCUGAACCGGCCCCACCCGCCCGUCUCCGCCCACACCCUCAGCACCGACUGGAGGCUGCCCACCCCCAGGGUGGCGGGCUCCGUGGACAAGGAGAGCGACAGCUACAGCGUCAGCCCCUCCCAGGACACAGACCGCGCCCGCAGCAGCAUGGUGUCCACGGAGAGCGCGUCCUCCACGUACGAGGAGCUGGCGCGCGCCUACGAGCACGCCAAGAUGGAGGAGCAGCUGCGGCACGCCAAGUUCACCAUCACCGAGUGCUUCAUCUCGGACACGUCCUCGGAGCAGAUGACGGCGGGCACCAACGACUACACGGACAGCCUCACCUCCAGCACGCCGUCCGAGUCGGGCAUCUGCCGCUUCACCGCCUCGCCGCCCAAGCCCCAGGACGUCAGCCGCGUCAUGAACAUGGCGGCGCCCAAGGCCCACAGACCGGGUGGCGAGCUGGUGCACUUGCCGCCGUAUCUGCGCAUGGACUUCUUGCUAAACCGCGGCAUGACCUGUUCGGGGUCGUCCAGGGCCACGUCGAGCGGCGAGGGCUCGGCCAUGGGCCAGGCGUGCCUGGAGCCCCAGAAGAGCCGCUCGCUGAAGAGGCCCUCCCGCAUGGCUCCUCCCACGCCAUCGGAGCCGCCGCCGCCGCCGCGGGCUAGCAGCAGGGACCCAGUGGCCCAGUGGCAGCCCGGCGCGGCCGCCACGCUCCCCCACAGGGAGGGCUCGGAGCUGGCCCAGGCCGCCAAGCUCAGCACCUCGCAGGAGUCCCUGCUGGAUUCGCGGGGACACCUCAAACAGAGCAACAACCCCUACGCAAAGUCCUACACGCUGGUAUAA